AUGGGCUUUGUUGUUCUCCCAGCUACUCUUCCCGACAUCCGGGCUAUCUAUGAUGUCUGGUUCGCCGCUUUCAAAGGCCAGUUGAUCCUUGAUCUCAUCUAUCCCGGAACGGAUCUGAACGAUGAAGAGUUUCGCAAAAUCCACACCGAAGGGACUCUUGAAUAUUGGAAGGGUCUGAGCAUGGAGCACACUUUCCAAUGUAUCGACACCGACACCGGUAAAAUCGCCGGCAUGGCAACAUGGCAGGUUUACUGGCGUGAGAGGACCGAUGAAGAGCGCCAGAAGCCUUGGAUUGGUUGGUUAGAAGGUGACCAACGACAGCGAGCGGAAGGCUUCCUGGAACAACUAUGGGAGAAAAAGGAAAAGUUCCUCGGCGCGAAGAAGCACGUCUAUUGCCACACAGUUGCCGUGCAUCCUGAAUACCAAGGCAAGGGUAUCGGAGCCCGACUCAUGAAAUGGGGAAUGGAUGUUGCCGAGGAAUUGAACCUGCCGAUCUACCUCGAGUCUACUGUGGAAGGUGUUCCACUGUACAAAAAACUUGGUUUUGAGACUCUGUCGGAAAACAUUGUUUUCAAGCCCGAGAUUACCAGGGUAGACCGAGAGGUUAAGGCCCCAUUGAUGGUUAAGAUGCCUGCCGCAUCUGGAAGCACGACUUUCGAGGAGUGGGCGGCUAACUAA